AAUGGCUCACUCCCGUUCUCAUUCCCUCAGUUCCUCUUCGUAUGGCUCUAUCGUGAAGGAUCAGCGUUCCCGAUCUGGUUGAGUGCGCUUCUGAAUCCGAAUAUCACCUGGCGAACCAAACAGUUCAGGCUCAGAUGGGGUGGCCGAAUAGAUGAUCGUCUGAUGGCAGCUGCAUCGCACUGGGAAACCGCUCCACUGAAAAGGGCCGUAGAAACAAUUCGGUAA